GGCAAAGUGCUGGAAUCCAAAAUUUUAUGGGAUUGUUACAAAACAAAGUUCAGUGGGCUGAGUGUCACUACCCGCGAAAUUUAGGGUACCCAAAAGUGCAGCUGAUGCCCGAUGCUUGCUACAAAUCGUAUUUGGUUCAGUUUUACGCGCACGGCGCACCCGACCGACAAUGGCUGCAUAGGAAGUGUAGUCGGUUGUUUUCGGUUUUCUAUCAAAAGGAAACCCUACGUUCGCUUUUCUUCUAUUUAGCAAAUUCAGGCAUGGGCUUGAUGGGUGGUGUUCUUGUUGUUCUGACAGAUUGAAGCACAUAUGUGGAGUUUUCUUUUUUUGUAAUUUUCGAAAUUCAAAGCAAACAUGCAGCAAUCAAAGAAUUCCAUUUCGAGGGUAGGAGAUUGAGCUUCAGAAACAUAUAUACAACUUUCUUCCCCAAAAUAGAGGCUUUAAGUUUUUUCAGGCUUAGUUUAUUAACACCUAAAAGGUGCAUAGAACACAUUUUUAGCAGGAAAGGAGGCAGAAUUAUAAGUGAUGGCAAUUAGAUCAUAUCCAGCAGGGAGCAUCCGGAUUAAGCCACAUCACAUGCAUUAUCAAUGGAAAGAGGUUCCAUGAAAUAGAUGGCCUUUAGCUCUGUUUGUUGCCCCUUCGCAGGGUUAUCAUUUCCUGCAUUUACUUCGAUUCGAAUGAGACACGAAAACACGUGCAAGAGGAGAGAGAGAUGAACACCGUGGAGUAGGUUGAAAAAACAAAAGUUGCGAUGGGGAGAAAGGAGCGGGCGAAGGAGCGGAGAGAAAAGAGACUCCAGGAGAUAACUGAACUGAGGAAAAUCCCUUAUGCUGCUGAGGACAGGUGGUGGAGCUCAGAAACAGUUGCUGUGGUGACUGGGGCAAACAGAGGAAUCGGAUAUGAGAUUGCUCGGCAACUUGCAGGACAUGGUCUGAAAGUGAUUAUAACAUCAAGAGACAUCACCAAGGGCCAAGAAGCAACCACUGCUUUAAGGGAGGGAGGCUUAAAUGUUGCCUUCCAUCAAUUGGACAUUCUGGACCCUGUAUCUGUCAAACAAUUUGCUGAGUGGAUGGAUCAGAACUUUGGUGGUAUCGAUAUUUUGGUAAAUAAUGCAGGUGUUAAUUAUAAUCUUGGGUCAAAUAAUUCAGUUGAAUUUGCUGAGAAGGUUAUCUUGACCAACUAUUUUGGCACUAAAAGGAUGGUCGAAACUAUGAUACCCUUGAUGAAACAUUCUUCUCCGGGGGCUCGUAUUGUGAAUGUCAGCUCCAGACUUGGUAGACUUAAUGGCAGGCGAAAUAGGCUUGGAGAUGCAACUUUGAGGGAGCAAUUAGCUGAUGAGGAAUCCCUCUCCAUAGAACUGAUAGAUCGAACUGUGAUUUGUUUUCUUGAACAAGUGAAACAUGGCAAUUGGACAUCAGGCGGCUGGCCUCAAAUGUUUACUGACUACUCUCUAUCAAAACUUGUUGUCAAUGCUUAUACUCGGCUAAUGGCAAGAACACUCUGCAGCCGGCCAGAGGGUCAAAAGAUCCAUAUGAAUUGCUACUGCCCAGGUUGGGUGAAAACUGCUAUGACAGGAUGGCAAGGGAACAUUUCAGCUAAAGAAGGUGCAGAUACAGGAGUCUGGCUUUCACUGCUAUCAGGACAGCCAGUGGCAGGAAAAUUUUUUGCGGAAAGGCGAGAGAUUAGUUUCUAAGGUGGUUAUUGUAUAUAAAUGCAGGGUUUGAUUAUCCAGUUUAAGUCUACCCGUAGAGGGAAUCAUCUUGAUCCAAAAGGAAAAUUGAUGUUCAGGGCUCCACUGCCAGACUUGUAAUAACCAGUGAAGCAAGCGAUUAGUUUAAUCCUUUUUAUUUCCUCAGAAGACGGGGGAAAAUGGCUUCUUUUUGGAGAACUAUCUUGUGUGGCCGACUGGUAUUUGAUUUCUUUGAUUACAAAUCAUUCAGAGCA